CAACGUAUCACAUACGCAUCUACCGUGUCACCCAGUGCUAAGAUGUAUCCCACGCUAGCCGAUGUCGACUGUUACACCCAUACCGAUUAUGAGGUUGGAAAACGCCUCUUCAAUAUGUAUAACGUCUUGCAAAUACUUGCAUCCUCACCUAAGGACAGAACAGAUGAUUCCAUCUCCAAGGCUGAUGAGCUUGUCCGAUCAAUGAACUAUGACUUCGCGGCUGCUGUCACGGCCUUGAAAGACCAAGGCCUGGAUCUUCCUCGCACCGACUUAGUUGGCGAUGAAACUUACGAGGCUAUUCUUUACAAGUUCAUGGGAUACCUUAGAUUGAGUGAAACCUCUAAGGAUCAGUUUAUCCUGUUGAUGAAUCGACUCCCACGGGUACAGAUCCCGGAUAGCAAACAAGACACCCAGCCUCUUCCGGCUGUCGACGGGUAUCUUGGCAUACAGGACAAGGCACCGGCUGCUGUUGGUUCUGUGGCUUCUGGAAGUAUCUCGGAAACAGAUCCAGAUAACUGGAAAUAUACCUCUCUCCUAUGGGAAAAGGGUCAAAUGCAUAAUACGACGCCGGUUUGUACCGAGACCUGCCUCAGCAACUUCCCGACCAGGUUCCGUGUCACUAUUCAGUUUAAGGGAGUGCAAGGCUCAGGCGAUGCUAGAAAUAAACGGCUAGCAAAACACAUCGCAGCGAGAGCUGUUUGCCAAGCCCUAGGGUUUCGACCUUCGUGAUGAAAGGGGUAUUGCGAGAAGUGCAACGUACUAUCAAGAGCCACCGGGAAGAGUUGGCACAAGCGAGAUCAGUUUUUUAUGCAUCUAGAAGUUACGGCAAUCAAAGUGCGAGAGGUGUUUCCGAGGUUAUGAAGUUCUUGAGUAGAGCAUUAAUAAUAUUACAGCAUAAUUAUAAAAUCGAUCGAGCCUGGGA